UAAAAAGCAAAACACUUAACGAGGAAGAAACACACUCAUCUCUUCACGCCCUUGAUUUUUUUUAGUUUUUGGGGUAGUUUUAAUAUUUCUGUUCCAAAAUCGUUUCACAGUCUCAGAUCUCUCUAAAGACUUUGAGACAGCUCAGAAGUAAUUAGUUUUUAGGUUCUGUUUCUGGGAAUUUUCGUGUUUUUCACUUUUCUGAGAUCACAUUCACUUUUUUUUUUUUCCUUUUCUUUCUUUCCUCUCUUUUCGUGUCGUCAUUUUGUAAGUGAAGCUGUUGCGAAGUUCUGUCUGAGCAGGAGAUGGUGAGAAUCUCACUGCUUUUGUUGUGUCUACUGGUUUCCACUUGGCUCUUCACUUCUUCAUCAGCCCAGGCUCCAGGUUUUGUGAGCUUGGAUUGUGGAGGUGCAGAGCCAUUCACCGACGAGCUUGGACUUAAAUGGUCACCGGAUGAUCAUCUGAUCUAUGGAGAAUCCGCUAAGAUAUCUUCACCUAACGAAACAAAAACGCAGUACACGACUUUGAGGCAUUUCCCUGCCGAUUCAAGAAAAUACUGCUACAGCCUCAAUGUGACCAUUAGGAAUCGAUAUCUCAUAAGAGCCACUUUCCUCUAUGGUGAUUUCGACAGCAACAACGUGUAUCCCAAAUUCGAUAUUUCCCUUGGGGCCACUCAUUGGGCUACCAUCGUUAUCUCAGAUGCUUCCACGAUUGAAAAGGCUGAGCUGGUGUUUCUGGCUUCUAGUCCUAGUGUCAGCGUUUGUUUAUCCAAUGCCACAACGGGGCAGCCGUUUAUAUCUACUCUUGAGCUUAGGCAGCUGAAUGGUUCAAUGUAUUUAACAGAAUAUGAAGACCGGUUUUAUCUAAGUGUAGCUGCUCGAAUAAAUUUCGGGGCUGAAACUGAAGACCCUGUGAGGUAUCCGGAUGAUCCGUAUGACAGAAUAUGGGAGUCUGAUUUGAUGAAGAAGGCUAACUAUCUUGUGGAUGUUGCUGCUGGGACUGUGAGAGUGUCGACUACAUUGCCAAUCGAAAACGGUGGCGAUGAAAGACCACCUCAGAAGGUUAUGCAGACGGCUGUGGUGGGGACAAACGGGUCCUUAACUUACAGGAUGAAUCUUGAUGGCUUCCCUGGUUUUGGUUGGGCGUUCACAUACUUUGCUGAGAUCGAGGAUUUGGCCGACGACGAGUCUAGGAAGUUCAGAUUAGUUCUACCUGAUCAGCCUGAGUAUAGCAAAGCUAUUGUUAACAUCAAGGAAAAUGCUCAGAGACCGUACCGGAUUUAUGAACCUGGCUAUCCCAACAUAACCCUUCCGUUUGUGCUCAACUUUCGGUUCGCCAAAACCGCUGAUUCUUCUAGAGGACCUAUUCUGAAUGCUAUGGAGAUCAGCAAGUAUUUGCAGAAAAGCGAUGGUUCAAUAGACGCUACUGUUAUGGCAAAUGUGGCAUCACUAUAUUCUUCAACUGAUUGGGGUCAAGAAAGUGGCGACCCGUGUUUACCCUCACCGUGGUCGUGGGUGGAAUGCAACUCGGAUCCGCAGCCAAGAGUCGUUGCUGUGAAACUGUCCACAAAGAAUUUGACGGGAUUUGUACCUUCUGACCUGACCAAACUGACUGGUUUGGUUGAGUUAUGGCUCGACGGGAAUUCUUUUACGGGUCCAAUACCGGAUUUCUCUCGGUCCCCAAACCUGGAGAUAAUACACCUCGAGGACAACCGACUAAGCGGAAAGAUCCCUUCCUCGUUGGCGAAGCUCCCAAAUCUGAAGGAACUGUACCUGCAGAACAAUAUGUUAUCUGGAAAAAUACCAUCAGGCCUGACCAAAAACGUGAUUUCGAACUUCUCUGGGAACAUUAAUCUUGAAGAACGUGGAGGUAAAGGGAAGAAGCUCGGUGUCAUCAUUGGUGCAUCAGUUGGUGCUGCAGUUCUGCUACUCGUCACCAUAGUUUCUUGCAUCUUCAUGUGCAAAGCAAAGAAGAAUCACAAGAUGAGGAAAACUUCGGCGGAGUUAACGAAUCGUCCAUUGCCUGUUCAAAGAGUGUCAUCAACCUUGAGUGAAGCACAUGGAGAUGCUGCGCAAUGCUUCACACUUUAUGAGAUCGAGGAAGCCACAAAAAAGUUUGAGAAAAGAAUUGGGUCGGGAGGUUUUGGAAUUGUGUAUUACGGGAUAACUAAAGAGGGUAAAGAGAUUGCAGUAAAAGUUCUUGCAAAUAAUUCAUACCAGGGAAAGAGAGAGUUUGCAAACGAGGUCACAUUACUCUCAAGGAUACAUCAUCGGAACCUUGUGCAGUUUCUUGGGUAUUGCCAAGAAGAAGGAAAAAAUAUGCUUGUGUACGAGUUCAUGCACAACGGGACUUUGAAGGAGCAUCUUUAUGGCGUGGUACCACGUGACCGGAGAAUCAGUUGGAUUAAACGGCUUGAGAUAGCUGAAGAUGCUGCACGAGGGAUCGAGUAUCUUCACACGGGGUGUGUCCCAGCAAUCAUACACAGGGAUCUUAAGACGAGUAACAUCCUGCUUGAUAAACACACGAGGGCAAAGGUUUCAGAUUUCGGUUUGUCCAAAUUCGCAGUUGACGGAACCUCACAUGUCUCCAGCAUUGUCCGUGGCACAGUUGGAUAUCUGGACCCCGAGUACUAUAUAUCGCAACAGUUAACAGAGAAGAGUGACGUGUAUAGCUUCGGCGUCAUUCUUCUUGAGCUUAUAUCCGGCCAAGAAGCCAUAUCUAAUGAAAACUUCGGUGUCAACUGCCGCAACAUAGUCCAAUGGGCCAAGAUGCAUAUAGACAACGGAGACAUACGAGGGAUCAUCGAUCCAGCAUUAGCGGAAGACGAUUACAGUCUCCAGUCAAUGUGGAAGAUUGCGGAGAAAGCGUUGAUGUGUGUGAAACCGCACGGGAACAUGAGACCGUCGAUGUCCGAUGUGCAAAAGGAUAUUCAAGACGCGAUUAGGAUCGAGAAGGAAGCGUUGGCCGCGAGAGGAGGAUUAUCAGACGAGUUUUCACGGAGCUCGGCGCAUUCAUCGUCUCUCAACAUGGGAAUGCAUGACCUCGCUGCAUCUCAGAAUUUCGUCUCCAUUGAUGACUCUGUCUUGCAGCCAACUGCUCGGUGAUUAGAGGGAUUCGGCUUUUGUACAGAUGCAUCACUCACACUCACUCGUGUUUUUUUUUAUAAGAGUUUUUGAGCUUAACGCUGCAUUAUUAUCUCAUUUUCGGAAACUCGAGCUUACAAGAAAUGGUUGGUUUAAUUUUUUUUUUAGACUUUAAUUUUGGUAUUGUGUUUUAUUAUAACUGGUUUUCCCAUUUUCGACUUAUUUAUAUCAUUUAUGCGAU